AUGGUGGCGGUGCUGUCUGCAGACGUCUCUCGCCAGCUUCUUCCUCUUUUGGACGCUGUGGAUGUCUCCUUGCUGUGUGCAGCGUGCAGGACGCAGCAAGAGCAGCUCAAGUUUUUGGAGACGCUUGCAGUGAAGUUCAGGCGGGAUCUUCCUGUGGAAGAGGCCGUGGUCACCUCUCUCCAGCAGACCUUGGGACGGUUGCUGAGUUUGCGGAGCUUUUCGCUUUGUCUGGCUUACCAAACAAGCCUCCAAGACAGCAUUUGUCGGCUUGCCGAUAGUCUGAGCAAACAUCAGUUGAUCAAUCUCACCCUUGACUUGCGGCGCUGCGGGAUCGGUGAUGUUGGUGUGCAAGCCUGUGCAAAAACCUUGUCUGUGCUGAGACUGCAGCAUCUAGACCUUGGACUCAGUUUCAACAAGAUCUCGAGCAGGGGCGCAGAUGACUUGUCCCAAUCUCUGGGAUCUUCUUUGGCUGAUGUUUUCUUACACCUGGACAUAAACUUCAUUGGCCACAGUGCCGCAAAGCUGCUUUCUGCUGUCUUGAAUGCCGGGCAAGCUCACAUUGACUUGGCGCAUUGUGGGCUCGAUGAUGCAGUUGCCCUGGAUCUGGCAAACACACUGGAGAGUGCGGAGGAUAACCCGAACCCAGUCGUGUACGGCAGUGGCCAGGCAAUUCAGUUCCGAUCUUUGCAGGAGCUUUUGGAGAUAACAGACCUGCAGGAUGAACUCACUCCGCAGGAGAUAUUCGAGAGCUUGCGGCACCUGACAGACCCUGAACACCCAAAUCUGUCUCUCGAGCAGUUGAAGGUGGUUGAGUCCGGCCAUGUCUGGGUCGAUGACAAAACCAACACAGUCUUCGUGCGCUUCACUCCAACUGUUCCGACUUGCAGCGUUGCAACUCUGAUUGGCUUGACCAUCAAGGCCAAGCUGUUGCGCUCGCUUCCUCGUCGCUACAAGAUUGAUGUAGAAAUCACACCUGGAACUCACAAUUCUGAAGAUCAGGUCAACAAGCAGCUUGCAGACAAAGAAAGAGUUGCGGCUGCCCUGGAAAACCCGGCUCUUCGCAAUCUUAUCAACAAUGGGAUUGCCGGCACAGACAAGCCUGACAUCAAGCUGCUACUGGCUUGA